AUGGUGAAGCUAACUAUAGUUGGUAGGGUUGAAGAUGGAUUGCCUCUUGCACAAGAUCAAACCUACGUAAACCAACAAGACAACACCAGUUUCUUGUUCUACAAGCAACAAGCCGAGUUACUUCUCAAACAAAUCUCCAAAGACUCAUUGUUACAUCCAAAGAUGACCAUCUUGAUCGAUCAUCAUUCUUUCCACUUUCUGGUGGAGAAGAAGAUAUGUUAUAUCGCGCUAUCUGAUUCUUCGUACCCAAGAAAGCUACUUUUUCAUUACCUGCAGGAUCUUCAGAAGGAACUUGAUAAUUUCGACGAGACAUCUCUGAUCCAGACGAUCUCAAAACCUUAUAGCUUCGUUAGCUUUGGUAAGAUCAUAGGGAGAAUAAGGAAGAAAUAUAUGGAUACGAGAACACAGGCUAAUCUAUCGAAGCUGAAUGCUUCGCGGAAACAAGAACUUGAUGUAGUCACUGAGCAUUUGAAUGAUUUAAUUCAAAGACGACAACUUUUAGAAGAAACAUCAAAAAUUGCGAAUUUGGAUGCUCCACUGUCUGUUUCAACCAUUUGGAGCUCAAGAUGUCUUCAGGAUAUUGCAUUAAAAUGGACACCAGUGACGAUCAUUAUUCUCGUUAUUCUUGUUCUUUUCAAAGCAAGCUUGAUUAUGACAGAUGAUUAUUUAAUUUCAACCAUGAUAUGA